GAGAAAUAUGGACUCUCACCAAUGACUCCAAAGAGAACAGGACUGGCAAGCUUCGCUAGUUUAAGUUUGAGGGAAGGACAAAAUGUGCUGGAUGAGCUAGAACCUAGUCCCACAUUUGAGAGUUUUGAUCCAUUGCCAGAAGAAUUUCUCACUCAGCCUGCGUUUUUGGACAAAACAACCAAACUGGCCCAUCGGUUGUUUGUGCCAGAGUUUCAGCCAGAGACCAAUACACAGCUGCGCCCUGUCCACAAACACUUGCUAAUGAGGAGGUCACUCCGAUGCAAGGAGUGUGAACAUAAUUUGAGCAAGGCUGAUUUCAAUCCAAGCUCCAUCAAGUUUAAGAUUCAACUCACAGCACUGCACCAUGUACCAGAAGUCAAAGUGCUAUCUCCUUCUACAUUCGUGGAAAACAAGGAAACAGUGGUGACUCUGACUCUGAGCAACCCCUCUGUAUUCAACACGACAGUCUUCAUCUUGCCAAUUGAGGAGGAGACGGACACAGACUAUUGUACAGCUAAGGUUGAUUUGCCGAAGAAGGAACUCAUCCUUGCCUGCAGGGACGAACCUUCCAUGCAUAUGUAUGAUGAGACCAGUCAGGCUCAUGAGUUCAAGGAUGACCCAAAGCUGAUUGUCUUCCGUAAAGGCAACAAGAUUGGAUUUGUUGUCAAAGUCACUCCCUUGAUUCCAGCAGGAGACGUUAAGAUCUGCUUUAUUCUGAAGCAUGAGUUUCGCAACACCAUUGUUACUGCCUUGCAGAAUGAGUCGAAGGAGCCAGAAAUUGUCUGGCUGGAGCAUAAAGUUUAUGUUAAUCUGGGGAAAAUCUAA